AUGUGGAAUAAAAUUAGAGUAUUAUUACUAAAUAGAAGAUACUUGAUAUUUCGAUAUUUUACAAAUGAAGUAAAAGUUUAUGAUAAUUUAAAAAUUGCAGAAAGUAAAACAUUAUAUGAAGACAAAAAUACAAAAAUUAGCAUUCGAGAAUCCUCAAAAUAUGCUGUACCCAUACCUCAGUGUGACCGUUCCAUAAUAAGUUCCUUUAUUUACAGAGUAUUCUUAAAACAUACCGAAUAUGGAGAAUGUGCAUGGAGAUUAGUUCAUCUAAUUAUUGAAAGAUUGGAAAAUGAAGAAAUAUUAAAAAUGUUUCAUAUUGAUGAAUCUUUUAACAUGAAAAUGUAUUUUUAUAUUCUACAUCUAUGGAUAAUUAACAAAAGAUUAAGACAUGAAAAUUACCAAGGAGAAAUAAUAAAUACUUAUAUUUUUGAUAUUACCUGGAGAAUUGUGCGAGAUUGGAUGCUUCUAAAAAAUGUACCAGAAUAUUCUUUUAACGCGGAGCUUUUAAAUUGUCAAGAAUAUGCCUUUGGGUUUUUAGUAUCCUUAGAUGAAGCAGCUACAAAUGUGGAAAUAUUCCCCGCACACUUAAAAGACAUAUUAUGGGAGCACUUAUAUGAAAGAAAAGUAAAGAAAGGAGGGGACAUAGUCACAGAGGCUGAUUUUUACAACCAAAAAAAAUCAAAUCGUCGCUUACCGUCCUUAUGCCAACAGAUAUCAUAUGGAGGCUACCGUCCUAAGGAAAAAAGCAAAUAUCUUCCAUAUGAUGAUGGGAAAAAAUUAUUACCAAGGAAUUAUUAG